AUGACGCGCGGCUCGGCUCGGAAGCUGAGUCGACAGCUGGGAAAGGUGACAGAUGAAGUUGUCGCGACACACUUCCCACACCCGACCGUCUCCAGCCAACUCUGCGUCAGAGGAGGUUCAGCUAUGCUGCCCGUCGAGGAGCGGCCCGUGCCUGUAGGGUGCGAGGAUGAACGAAUUGUUCGGGCGAUAGAUGUUCUGCGCAGCGCCCGAAACGGAAGUCUGCAGGUCGUUGUGGGGAUGGGGCUCUCCGCUCUCCCUAUCGCACUAGCGAACGUCCUUGGCUUUGCAGAUGGCGUCGCGGCCGUUGAGAACUCUCUUUUUGUUAUCUCUCGACGCUGCAAAGGCGGGAAGAAGAGCAGUCUCCAGCUUUAUGCGGGGGACUACCUCGCCGCCUGUCUUUCCGCGGUCAUCUCGCCCUUCAUGCGGGCUCUGAACCCAGACCAAAGACACAGGCUUGGGGACGGAAGGCGCGCCGCUUCGGCAGUCGUAGAUUCCAUGGGCGACGUUCUCGAUGCGUUGAAAACUUUACUCGAAGUUUGCUCUGAGCUUUGCACGCGUGCCUCCCUCUCCCUCGCAUACAUCGUGGCCAGCGCUCGGCUUGUGCGAGCCCUCUUCGGGAGCUAUGACGGAGACCACAAGAAUGCCUCAUGUGCAGUAGUGGACUCGAUCGCCGAGGUCAUUGAUGCAAUGAUCGUACUGUAUACAAGGUUACUUGAAGUGUGCAGCGAGCUCUGCACACGGGUCGCGCUGUCUCUGAAGAUACAGGCAGCGAACGCGAACCCGAAUCGGUUCAAAGGGCGGCGCUUGACUACUGGGGCUCCGGAGGAGGAGAUGGCCAACGCUCCGCCUCCUAUGGAGCGUACUCCGGCUGCCACCGCUCUUCAUGAACGCAGCCUUCCCGAAAACGCUCGGCUCCCGCUUCCGACCUCGUCCCCGACCGCUUCGGCCUCCCUGUCCGAUGCCUGCCAUCCUGCUGGGGCUCGCACCCGCCGACGCGAGCGGCGGCCGUGCUCGGGAGGAUGGGACCCUACGACUCUCAACUCCGCCGACUCCGCCGACUCCGCCGGUUCCGACCUCUGCCCUCUGCUCUGCCCUCCGCUCUCCGCUCUCCGUUCUCCGCUCUUCGCCCUCCGCCCUCCGCUGUCUGCUCUCUACUCUCCGUUACCUACCUCUUUCGCGCUUUAA